GAGAUUACAAAUCGCCACCUACUCCAGCUUACACACAUUAAUUUCCUCCUAAAUUGAAUCCUCUCUAUUGAGUUUAUUAACUUCAACAAAAUGUUUCUGCGUCGAUGCGUUUUAUAUCUCGUUCUCUUUUUGCUACUGAGCAGCGCUACUGCCGCACGUAAAACAAAACGUCCAGUUAAGCCAGCGAAAACUUUUCCACGUACAAAUGUAACACCAACACCGCAAGCGAGUAGCGUUAGCAGCACUACAUCCGCAGCCCCAGCAUCGAGCACGGCCAAUCAGGAUGUCAGCAUUGAAGAGGCACCUCUGCCAACUGGUACAGCUACAAAUGAUGCUGAAUUGCCAAAACCUAUGCACACGUUUUCCGACACGAGCUCAGCUGCAACCGGUACAAGUACAGGAACUGUUGAAGCUGCAGCACCACCACCAGCGCCAGCACCAGCACAAGUUGCCUCAAUGCCUAUGGAACCAAAAACUGAGAAACCUGCUUCCACAAGUAAUGUUGCAGCUGGUAGCGAAGCAGCUACUGCCGGUAAUGUCGUGGAGGAGGAUUGUGAUCCCGAUAUGAUUGGUUUCGAAAUUAUUACUGGUUACGUACUAUCAGCUCCAUCAAAAUUGCUUGACACAUUAGCCGGUACGCUUAUGUUGACCGAUUGCCUGGAGGCUUGUCAGAUUAACGAAUCAUGCAGUGCAGUUAAUUAUGAAACUGGAUUAUGUGUCUUAUUCAAAACUACAGCUGAUGAAUUGCCAGGUUCACUUUCGCGUUCACAAUUUCCAGUUUUUACCAUUUACGCACAGAAAUCUUGUUUGGGCGUACGUCCUUGCUCAAAGGCUUGGUGUAUUGAUCGCGUUCAAGGUUAUCGUUUGGUGGAUCACAUCAAAUCCAGUCAAACUGUGUACUCACGUCGUGAUUGCUUGGAACUGUGUCUAGGUGAAACGGAAUUUACAUGCAGAUCUGCUAACUUCUAUCGUCAUUCGGGUCUUUGUGAGCUAUCCGAUAUGGAUCGUAUAACACUAACUGGUGCUAACAAUGUGGAACCAUAUGACGGUGCUGAUUAUUUGGAAAACAAUUGUGCUGAAGAGCCUAGUAAACUGUGUGAAUUCAAACGCAUUUCUGGUAAAAUUUUGAAGACAGUUGAUUCUGUUUACCAGGAUAUUAACAGCAUUGAUGAAUGUCGCGAUUUGUGCUUAAACUCACCUUACAGAUGUCACUCUUAUGACUAUAAUGAUACUGGUGACAUGGUCUGCCGUCUUUCACAUCAUAGUCGCGCUACAUUGACCGAUGUUUUGGACCCUUAUUUGGAUGUACCAGAAGCUGCCACUUAUGAACUUUCUUCUUGCUAUAAUGUUUCAAUUGAAUGUCGCUCUGGUGAAAUGAUUACGAAAAUACGCACAUCUAAGUUAUUUGACGGUAAAGUUUAUGCCAAGGGUGCGCCAAAAUCUUGCUCCGUAAAUGUCAACAAUUCGCUGGAAUUUGAUUUUCGCAUGGGCUACAAUGAUCUUGAAUGCAAUGUUCGACAAAGUGCUUAUGGCCGCUAUAUGAAUGACAUUGUCAUACAACAUCACGACAUGAUUGUUACUUCAUCAGAUUUGGGUCUUGCCGUUUCUUGCCAAUACGAUCUAACCAACAAGACUGUUUCGAAUGACGUCGAUUUGGGUGUCACUGGCGAAAUUGAAUCCUCACUUAGCGAAGAAAUCAUCAUUGAUUCACCAAAUGUGGUUAUGAAGAUCACCUCACGCGAUGGCAGUGACAUGAAACGCAUUGCUGAAGUUGGUGAUCCACUGGCUUUACGUUUCGAAAUCAUCGAACAAAAUAGUCCAUAUGAAAUCUUCGUACGUGAAUUGGUCGCUAUGGAUGGUACUGAUAACGCUGAAAUUACUUUGAUAGAUGCAAAUGGUUGUCCCACAGAUCAAUAUAUUAUGGGUGCUAUUAAGAAAUUGUCGCACAAUCCUAAAGUGCUUUUGUCCCAAUUCGAUGCUUUCAAAUUCCCCUCAUCGGAAGUGGUGCAAUUCCGCGCGCUGGUCACGCCUUGCAUACCACACUGUGAACCAGUUAUUUGUGAUAAUGAUGAUGGUGUUAGUGGUGAGCUUAAGUCAUUGGAAUCGUUCGGACGUAGAAAACGUUCCAUAUUGAAUGGCAGUGACGGUGCUGAAUUCUUGGUUAGUUCUUUCACUGAUAAGCGUCAGAAGAGAGAUGUUAGUCACAAAGCGGCUGAUGAUAAUAUUUUAUUGGUGCAAUCUAUUCAAAUAACCGAUAAAUUUGGUUUCAAUCAGGAAGAUGCUAAUGCAUUGGGUGCUGAUGGACACGAGAAGGUAUUCACUGGAAUCAAUGAGGAAACGCUUACUUGUCUGAAUGGUUAUGGACUUGUCAUCGCGGGUGCACUCUUUUUGCUGGCACAACUGACUGUCAUCGCUAUUUGGAAGACAGUGCAAAAACGCAACAAGAAGGAACGUUAUCUGUAUCAGCAUGAACCAGCUCCAUCAGUUAGUUAUGGCGCACCAACUGCAAUGGUCUAUGGACAGGCGCAUGUGGGUACUGCCAGUGAUACACUUGGAAAACUGUACGAAAGCGGCAUGACAGGACGUUAUGGACAACAGUUUUAAAGAGAUACACGGUGGUAGCAGAAAAAAAGCAUUUGGUUGAUAUGAUUUUAUAUGGUAAAAUUGAAUUUUUUUUAAUUGAAAACGUAACUGUUAAGCUUAAAGCUUAGGUGUUAGCAAUACUAAAAUUAGAAUUUCAAUAUCGAAAGCAAACACACACUUUUAAUCGAAGGAAAAAAUGAAACUAAAUUGAAGACAAUAGAGCAAUUAAGCAGGCUUAGUUA